AUGAAAUACUUCGGUGAGGAUUAUGUCCCAGUUACCUUACAGCGCCUCCAUGAAACAUACUUAGACGUAAAAGACAAUAUGAUCGAAAGUCGUAAAAAAAACAGGGAACGUAUUAAUGCUAAAAUACACACACAAAGCUAUGAGAUUGGUGACCCUGUUUAUUAUUAUGACCCCACUACUAAGUUACAUCAUUCAUCUAAACUAACUAAUCAUUGGAAGCCCUAUUAUCGUAUUGUUGACCAAUAUUCGCCUGUAAAUUUCAAAAUCAGGCAUCAGUUGUCAGGAAAAUCAAAGAAUGUCCAUAAAGAUAAUAUUCGUUUAGCCCAUUCAAAUGUUGAAUGGGAUCAAGAGAGAGUAAAUCGUACACAUAUUCUGGAUAAGGUUCUUCAUCCUGAGUUAGACAUCUCUAUCAGACGUCAACCUUUCCGUUCUGCAAAAGGCGUACCCAGUAAGCAACAGGUCUUUCAACAUAAUUCAGACUCUUAUUCGGACGAUGACAAUAUCCCACUGGCACAGUUACGAUCUAACGAGGCAAAUCAUACUAAUGCCAAUAUUGAUUUCUCCAACCAGUUGCACUCUCAUACUGGUACUGAGGUUGAAUAUUCUGACGAAGAGGAAUUUUAUAUCUAA